AUGCAUACAAGUUUAAAUGCAAGAAACAUUAUUACGUAUAUUAAUAAAUACGUACCAAAUAUUUCACGUGUAUCAAAUUCAUCUAUAAUAUCUUCAUCUUCAUCUUCUGCAGUAAUUUCUCUUUCAUUUAUUUUUUUAUAUAAUUUGGGAUUAAUAUUUUCUAAUGUGUCACCCAUUUUUCUUCAUAAAAAAAAAGAAAACAUAUUACACAUCAUAAAUAAAUCUAACAAAAUUAUUUUAUUAAUUUAUAUACGUAUUAAUUAGAGUUUUACAAUAAUCAGGAUAUAUAGGGAUAAGAAUAAUAGUGAAUUCAUUUCACCUGUCCUUGCGGUAGUUACAACUAGUUACGGUUUUCAGUAGUAAAUAUAAUCAUUGGGCUUAUAUGCGUGUUCUUUUUUAGGGUAUUUUAACCUAAUAGACUACAGCCACAGACGAGAUAUAUUUUGAUUUUAAUUCCCAUCACUAGUAGUGCUGCAAUGCAAAAUCUGCCUGAAUCGGUACGAUAGGAUGUGACAUGAAAAUGGUACGGUUUUGAGAACCAUAUUACCAUGGCCGAAAAAAUACAUGGUGUUGCGAUGUCUAUUCAUAUACCUCGUCUGUGCUAUGGUCGAAAAAAUACAUGAUGUAAUGUCUAUUCAUAUACUUCGUCGAUGAUUCGUCAGUGCUAGUGAUUUUUUUCCUAGUUGGUAUUUUAGACCCUGAAACUCCAUUUAAUGUCUAGUUUAUGCUAGUUAGUUAGUGGUGCCAAUUACUUCUGGCUACGAUCUUUUUAACUUCCUGUAUAUUUAAGAAUCUCUUCAGAUGUGAGAGAAUUCUAAGAAUCAAAUAAGUUUUUUUUUGUUCGUAGUAUUAUUUAAUAUUUAAAUAAAUUUUUUAAUAUUGUAUCAACAAAGACUUCAUUGAUUUACAUAUGUAUAAUAUAUAAAAAUAAUGUAAGAUAUAUAUAGAAUAUGAAUGUAAUACAUAACCUUUUACUUCUUUUUUAUACUUCUAUUUUUUUUUCAUAUUUCUUUUUAUUCUUUUAUAUUUCUUUUUGAUACUUAUUUAUAUUUUAAUUUACAAACAAUUUUAAUUGCAGUUUGAAAAUGGCUACAUCUCUUGCAGAACAAUUAAAAAAAUUAAGAACACCUCAAACACAAAUACUAUAUCAGGAUAAAAAACGUGCUAGCUUAUUGUUUGAUCCUAGAGAGGCUGCUAACUUAGAUAAAGAAACAGUUCUAAGUAUAGGUCAAAAUGGAUUGCAAGAGUUAAUUAAGCUGUCAGAUGUAUUUUUAGAAUUCGAGCAAACCCUUUUUGCACAAAGUUCACUGAGUCUUGAACGUGCUAUACAAGACAUUAAAGUCAACAAAAAAUUAGAUGGAGAGAUUGAGAGAUUUCUCAUCUUUUUAUCUCCUUAUUUCUUACUUAAUAAUGCUCAUAAAGCUCUUGAAUGGUUAAUAUAUAGAUUUCGCAUACAUGAAUUUAAUAGAGAUCAAUUUUUACUUUUAAUAUUACCUUAUCAUGAAACUCGAAUGUUCGUUAGGGCAUUGCAAUUAUUAGAUUUAUCCGAUGAAGCUGGUAAUUGGCAUUGGUUAGAACCUCUUCAAAAGCCUGGUAUUCCCUUGGCUUCUAUAACAUUAAUCAAUCGUCUUGGUUCCGAUAAUGCUUUGUUAAAAUUAAUUUGUAACCAUGUAACUACUGCCACUAAAAUAUAUUCAGAGCGAGCAUCUUCUUUAAAUACUUUAUAUGCAUUUUAUACAACUUCAAUAUUAGGAAUUCUUGAUCGAUCAUCUACUAUUUCUGAGAUACAAAUGGGUCAUAUGUUACCAACUAUUUUGAAAGGCCUAGAAAGUUCUAUCUCCGAUUUUGUAGCUAGCACUUAUAUGAUCCUAGCAAAAUUAAUGUUCAAAGAGAAACUGAACAGUGAAACCAUGGAGAAAUUACUCUUGAAAAUAUUCAGGAAAACAUACUUAAAAGAAGAAGCAUUGCUCCUGUUAUUUGUCUUAUACAAUGUACCAGUUCAUUCGCUCACUAGUGUCCCACAAAGUCUUGCUACACGAUUAUCGGAAUUAUCCUGGUUCGUUGAACUCGCAAUCAAACUUCAGUCAUCUCGUGAACAUCAUCACGUGAACAUAUUAAAAUUCAUUGUACCAUUACUACAAACAAGUUGCCGUAUGAUCGUGGACAAUCCGCCAGAAUAUAAACUACAAAAAAUGAUGAAUGAGAUAUUAAUGCGAAUAAAGCUGGACAAUAUUGGAGUGGAUACCAUCUUAUGGAACAUACUGCAGAAGGAACUCCUUUCAAAUGACAUGUCAAAAGAGGCGAGAGAUUUCCUAAUAAAAUUAUAUCAUAGUUUUGAAAAAAUGUAUCCUGAAAGAUUCGAUGAUUAUCUAAAGGGACUAAUGAAACGUAGCGAGACAGACAAGAAUUCCAAAUUGGCAUUACAGUUUGUCACAUCUUGGCAUUUUGGAGCCAAAAAUACACGAGAAGUCGUUGGCAUACUUGACAAAUUGAUUCAUAUUAAUCCAGUUCAAAGAAUUAUGGGAUUAGAAAUGUUGGCAAAUUCUAAUGUAAAUAUCUCUGAAAGCUUUCAGGAGAUGAUGACAAACACGAUACAAUCUAGAUUCAGCGAUACAGAAGUAGAUGUUAUCAGAGCUUUACUCUCUAUUCCUACGGAACGUCUAACAACACUUCUAUCUACAGACAUAUUGAUCGACGAAUUAAAGAUAUUAUUAUCUACUUGUCACAGUAGUAGCAGGAAAAUACUAGCAAAACCAGCGUUGAAAAUUCUCCUAAAACUCUGUGAAGCUGGAGAUGAUACCAGCGUUUUUAUUAUAUCAUUGCCAUAUUUGUUUCCAAAUGAUGAUGCAGACGUAGAUAUUGUAAUGGAAGUAUUAAGAUCAAAUUUUGCCAGGAACAAUAUUUAUAUGCAACACGUACAAAAAGACUUAGGAAUAUCACCGAAUGCAGAAGCAGUUUCAUCAACAUCUUUUCACAACAUAUUAAAUUGGGAAUUAUUACCUCCAACAGACAGCAUAUUGAGCGUUAUGAAGCAACAAAUCUCUCAUGGUGAUGCAGCUUCCAUGUUUUUCAACUUAAUUUUAUUAGGUUCCGUAUGUAGAGUUCCUGUUGGAUCAUUAGAACCGCAAAUAGCUCGAGAGGUAAUAGAAAUGGCUACAGCGAUGAUUAAAAAAUUCCCACAAGUGAAAUUAUUACAGAAUUGCAACAAUAUUACGGGAAAUAAUAUACAAAUGGCCAUUGAAUUGACUUCUCAAGGUGUUCUACCAUUACAAGUAGGUACUUACGUUUUGGAAAUGGUUCACAGGCGUCUUGAUCUGAAAUCAAAUCCGAUAUUUGAUUUCGAGAACAAUCAACAUCGUAGUAAUCUGAUUUUGAGGCUUCUCGAGAUGUUUUUUGAAGGAAUAGACAAUGUAUACUGGUGCAAACAUUAUUCCCGUUGCCUACAAAUAUUUUUCCAGAGACACUUCUCCACAAUCAAAGAUCUUAUCCGUUUUCUUUCUCAAUUAUAUAUAAAACCUGUGAAGAUACAAACGUCCUAUCACUGUUUGAAAAUAACUGAAGUGUUGUUGAAUCAGUGCAAAUCUACUCAGUGGGCAUUUGACGAUAAAAUAUUUGUCACGAAUUUGUUGCUUUCAUUAGCUAGAGAGAAUAAUGAAUGUCGAAUAACAUCAUUAAAAAUUCUUAAAAAGCUCUUAAGCGCUGCUUACUUAAUGCUGGAUCCUUUCCCGUCGUUGCUGCAAGAACUUGUCGUCAGAAGUCCAGAAAUAUCUUUAGAUCCUGAUCAGUUAUCUUUGUCUCUUUAUAUUCUAUUAUCACCUGAUCCAGAUGUAUGUGGCCAACUGAAGAUAGAUUUACGAAAAAGACUUCAACAAGCGCAACAAAUGUUAUUUGAAAUUGUCACUGAUCAAGAGAGCCCUUUGCACAUUAAAUCGCAAUUGCUUGAUAUUCUAGUUUACGUCAACGGACCCACUAUACUUCAACAAUUGGUUCCUCUUGGAUUACAACUUCUAGAAAUGCUUCAAACUGACUCUAAAAAUAAGUCUGCAGGAAAUUUGUUGAAAAACAUACUUCAGAGAUUCAAUAGCACAACAACAAAGGCGCUCAACAUUGAACAAGUAUGGAAAUUAUUUGAAGCAAGCAUAGAGGAACAUAAGAUUGAAAUAAUCACAGAAUCUGGAGCACAGUAUCCGCCAAGUGCGAUUCUUUUAAAACAAAUAGGAAGUACUUUCUUUCAAGUAGCUGGAGAAACGUCUAUCGAUCUUCAGAAAAGAAUUCUAGCUAAAUUAGUAGACGUAGCCACCAAUUGUGAAAUAGGGAAUGUUAUUUCUUCAACUAAUAGAGCGAUAAGGAAAAUUCGAGUGAAUGCACAACUAAUAGUGGAUGAACUGCAAAUUAUGAAAAAUCUUAAGAAUGCUGAAUCAAAUGAUGCUAAAAUUAAGAAUAAAAGACGACUCAGUCAUGUUCAUGCUUUUCCCGAUCCAACUAUUAUCAAUAGAAGAGAAUGGAAACGCGGCGUGACUCUUUUAGAAUUCGUUCAACAAGCGAAUAAUAUCGAACACGAGGAACUGCUCUAUCCAAUUUUAUUUGAUCUGCUGAAAACAUGCCUCAGUUUCGAGGAACAGAGUCCUAUAGAAUAUAUGAACCAAUUAUUGUUAUCCACCAUUCAUCGAUUAACAGUGAAGAAGCUGCCUAUUCGCGAUGCCCAUCUUCAAGUGGAUUUAAUCACACAGUGCAUUAGAACUUCGAGAAAUCCUCAGACUCAUCAUCACGCUUUAUUAGUUUUGGUAGAGUUGUUGAAAAUUGUCGAUAUACGCUGUGCUCUUUACACCAUCAUGCCUAUUUUCACAUUUAUGGGAAGUACUGUGGUUCGCCAGGACGAUGCUUAUUCUAUUCAAAUAAUCUCCAAGACUAUCGAAACUGUAGUACCCAUAAUAAACGCGGCUGAGAAUGAAAUUCAUGCUUGCGAAGUCUUAAGAACUUUUAUCGUUUCGUUACCAGAUAUUCCAGAACAUAGGCGAACUCCGUUAUUUGUAAAGUUAUUGCAAUUAUUGGAUAAUCAUUUUCAUUUAUAUUACUUGUUGAGUUACGAGAGUCACGUUCUGUCAAGAACCAUGUCUAUUACAAAUCAGAAGACACCUGGGCAGAGAUUAGAAUUCGCUUUGCAGGUGUCCCAAGAAUUUCCACCUACAAAACUUAUUCAAGUUUGUGUAAAAUUACUUCAGUUUAUGAAAGAACUGCCUAUAGAUAUUGAAGACGAGGAAGGUAGAAAAGCUGCAAUGUUUUUUAAACAUAAACAUAUUUUUGAUGUUGGUACUAGUAGUGCUAAACAUUUAAAACAUUAUAAAUAUACCCUGAUCCAAUUUUUAAGCAAUUUAUUAUCAUCGCCUGAUUUUAUCAAUAAAGUUGCUGAACUCGAUGUUACCGAAGUAAAUAAUGUAAUACCAUAUUAUGAUCAAUUGAUCGUGGAAUUAAUCAUACUGAUCCAGAGUACUUCGAAGAAUGCCGAUAAACAUCAUGGGAAACCAUCUGCGAAAUAUUGGAAGGUUCUUUUGCAUCAUUUGUAUGAUGUGCUAGAUUUGGUGAAUAACUUAUUACCAAAUGGAAUAUUUUUAAUCAGUAUCAAACGUUUGAUAGAACACAAUCUACCGGCAGUAAAGAGGAAAGCCUUAGAGCUUCUUAAUACACGUCUUCAACAAAAAAAGUUUACUAAAGAGAAUCACGAAGAAUUGUUACAAUUGAUUGAAUCUUUAUUGAAGAUAAUACCAGCGAAAGUAAAGUCUGAAACACAGGAACAAGAGAUUGUUCAACAAACUGUUUUGAUUACUAUAAAAUUGCUGGCGAAAUUGUUGGCUGGUGAUCAUCCUAUAUUAUUCAAGCCGAUACUUGAGAUGACUACCGAACUUUUAAGUUCAAGAGAAGGGCCAGUAUUAGGCAGUGCUGCUCUUUGUGUCGCGGAAUUAUGCAGUUCUAUGCGUAUUCAUGCAAUACACUCGUUGAACAAAUUUGUACCAGCGAUUCUGCAAUUGUUAGAGGAUCACUGUAAUCAAGAUAUGCCGGAUGUAGUAGCUGUCAGUAUAGUCAGCGCAUUGCAAAAGAUUGUCGAAUCUGUAGGAAACUUUUUAUCUCUGUAUUUGGAUCAAUUACUGUUUGAAUUAGCAAGAUUGAAUUCUCUGUACACCGAUAAGGAACAUCAAAAGAUUGGCAUCAUGGUAUCACGAUUAAAUGCAACAACUCAGAAACUCUCUUCCUGCAUACCUUUGCGAAUACUACUACCAGCUGUUAAUAGAACAUAUGCAACAUUAUUAGCGAAGAAAUCAUAUCAACGUGUUCCAGCACUGAUGAAUGUGCUAGAUGACAAGGAGAUGGAUGGAUCGGAAUUAACGAUGAAUGAUGUAGUGAUUAUAGAAGAAAACGCCAGUAAAGCAUUGGUUGCUUUAACGUUAAAAUUGAGCGAGACUACCUUUAGGCCACUUUAUUAUAAGCUUUACGAUUGGGCUGCUAGAAAUCCACAACAUAAACAACGAAGUAUCACUUUCUAUAGACUUUCAGGCAAUAUAGCAGAAUGUUUAAAAUCUCUUUUCGUUCUUUUCGCUGGUCAUUUUCUCAAGCAUGCAGCAAUGUUGUUAAGUAGUAAUAAUCCAGCGUUUAUGGAGGAACCACAGGAGAUGACUCUGACUCAAGAGUCCAACAAAAUCGAGUUAGUAGAAGCUAUUUUGUUGACUCUUCACCGAGUCUUCAGUUAUGACGCUCAUAAUUUCGUCAAUCAAGAGAGAUUCGAAAUACUGGCUCAACCAAUUGUGGAUCAGUUAGAGAAUACUUUAGGCACCAUAGAAGAUUAUGAAAAGAGGGCGAAUGAAUUAAUGGUACCUUGCAUAGCAGCCUUUGCCAGUGCCAUUCCCGACGACUCUUUGCACAAACAAUUAGUAUAUCAGACGUUGUUGAAGACAAGACACUCGAAACCACACGUUAGAAGUGCUGCCUUGAACGCAUUGGUUGAAGUUGUAAGGAAGCUUGGCGAAGAUUUCAUGCCACUUCUGCCAGAAACUAUACCUUUCUUAGCCGAAUUGUUGGAAGACGAGGAUGAAGCUACGGAGAAGAACGCACAGAACGCAGUACGCAUUCUAGAAGAAAUUUUAGGUGAACCUUUGCAAAAAUAUUUCUAA